AUCCCACCACCGUCAUGUCUUACGUUAUCCUUGGCCGUGCCAUCAAAAACGAGUACCUUGCCCUCGGCACCAUCUUUGGCACGGUAGGGCUCUCCCUGCUCGCCACGAGCGGCGGCAAGAAGGACGCUCCGGCAGCGAAGCCCACCUUGGAACAGGUGAAGGACUCGGUCAAGAUUGAUGCCAGCUCAAAGGAGGAGGAAGAAUUCAUCCGCAAAUUCGUCGCAGACGCGGAGAAGGAGUCGAAGCACUGAUCCCACUAUUGCUGUUAUCCCACUUGCUGUCGCGCCAUGGUCACAGUAGCGGACUAAUAGAGACUUCGCCACCACCAUGCCUUUCUGCAAGAAUCUCGCAUCCAUACCUUCCCAUCCGCUGUGCCAAUCUCCAUGUGUGCAUGUGCGGUGUCCUACGUCAAUCGUGCAAUGUUCAGCGGGAUGCGCGAUCAGCCGUCCGCCUCGUUCUCCAACCUCUUGGUAUCCAGUUCUCAAGAGAAGGGUAGAAUACAAUAUGAGAAUGUGUGCAUAUGUGCCGCUGCACAAAGCACGCACUGAAGAGUGCUAGUGAUAGAGCAAUUGACUUGGUUGCGCUUCGGCUAAGGAAUACAUCAUACGCGCCGUUGGACCCGUCGCCACCAACCGGUCGAGACUCGAGUUCCUUCUCUGUCCCCAACACUCGUCUGCGCGCAGGCUCUUUCACCGUCAGCCACUCUGUCGCUCACUUGGCAAUCGUCCAUUCUACUGCAUCUGCAUGAACAAAGCCGUCGGACAUUCCUUACGUAUCUAAUGUCAACAUGAGCUCGCCUGUGCCGCCCAGUCCUUCUGUUUCUAUUCCCGGUCCUCGCCCGCUCCAACUCGUCGACGGCAACCUUCAGUAUCCUGCUGAGUCGCCAUGCCCUUCUCCCGCUGUCUCCGGACUGUCCACGCCACCUCCCAGCGCGCGCAAGUUCAGUUCUAGAAGACAAUCCUCUAUUGCGUAUUACCCUAGCGACCAUACACCCAGCUGGGAAGUGCGUUCACCGACCGCCACUGCAGCUGGGCCGUCUUCGCUCAGACGCACCGCAUCGUUGAGUCAGAAUGUACCUGCACGAUUAAAUCUGAAGAGAGACCGGAGGAGUUUACCAAUGGCGGAGGUGGAGGCGGUCGGUAGUCCGCUGACGGAACGUCCUCCGCUCACACUGACUGAGAAACACGCGGACCUCCUCCGAUUCAUAGCGCAGAAGGAGUCUAAAUGCCUCGAGCUCCGCUCCCAGCUCGCCGCACACGAAGCCGAGCUCGCCGAGCUCAAGCGCAAAUGGGAGCGCAUCGUGAGCCGCGGCAUGGAUCGCGCGUACUCGCAACAGCUCACACAUCCUGGCUCGAGCUCGCUCCUCUCUGGCGCAGUCAAGGACGUCAGCCGACUCCUCGCCGCCGGGCUCUCCGACCUCUCCACAUCUCCCGCUCCCGCAUCCCCGCACCUCUCCUCGAAAGCAAACCGAGCGUCCUGGCACGCGAACACGCAGAGUGUAUCCUCGACCGCCACAUCCGCGACGUCAGCGUCGCUCACGAGCUCUAGCGUCCGCCUCUCUCAGUCCUCCGCUUCAUCCUUCGCGUACGACGACGUGCCUGAAGAGGACGAGCGCGAGGGCGCACCUGGGUCGCUCCCCUCCAGUGACCAUUCAGCUUCUCUCCGCCGGUCUUCGUCCUCCGUACGUGUAGACGGCGGAACAGGCAUCGAGAGCCCCAUUGAGAUUUCGUCCGCGAGCGCACUCAAGGCCGCCAAAUUGCACCGGCGCAAGAGCCGCGACGCCCCGCCCCCAUCAUCCUACCCGCUCGCAUCCCCUGAGCCCGAUGUUGCGAAGGCCGACAGCGCGAGUACACGAUCCUCUGCGAAACGGUCGAGUCUGCCUGCAGGCAGCAGUAAGGGUGCAGCAGGUCUUCCGCCUGCAGCGUCGAUCCCGGGGCUGGGUCCGCUGGCGAGCCCGCUGGCGUCGGCGUGGAUGGGCAGUGUGGGGACCAGCGUAGGGAAGAAGUGGGGAGAAAUCCAGAAGGGCGAGACGUUCACGAAGAGCCAAAAGCGUGCCUCGGUCCUCAUCUCGGAUGCCGCAAGCUCUCUCUUCGCCGCUCUCACCUCGCCUUCCUCCUUCUCCCCCGCCCCAACACCUUCCGGAGUCUCAGUGAUGUCUAACCCCUUCUCCGCCACCCUCUCGCCCAUGUCGACAUCGCCCGUGUCUCGCCCGUCCCCUGUCCCGAGCGCUUCUUCCCUUCUCGACGACGACAGCGACGCGACCGGGCUGGGCAGCGUCUUGGUGCCAGACAGCAAGAGCCCGCUGCUCACGCCGACGCUCGUACCCUCUCCAGCCUACGCUGCCGCUACUUCCCAUUCCGCGAGCGCGGCGAGCAAGAGCAAAGACCUCUUGGACGACGACGAUGAUUGGAAUUGGUAGAGAGCAGAUCUCUCUACGGCUAUGGGGCCCUUGUCGGCGGUUUGUCGCUGCGGGUGCAGGUCAUCCUGCCGCAUUGCUAGAGGUUAGAUACCUUCGUGCAUAGCGUAGCAACUGUCUUCUGUCACGAACGUGUCAUGACGGAUAUCGUACACUGGUAGUUAAUCUGAGGAUGUUGUCCUGCUUCACUCCUUUUCUAGCGGUGGAAUUCAUGCUAGUAUAAUCAAU